AUGGAGCCCUAUCACACUUACCGUUCCAUUAAUAUAAAGCGCGUCCCCUACGGGGGCGCUGCGGUGUUCGGGUUGAAUGGAUCGAUACACGGCGCAUGUGCACUAGAAGUGUACUGUCUUCUCGUUGCACUGUACCUGUUCUAUCGAAUUUUCGUCGUUUCGUCCAACGGCCACGUGAGCAGGCGACGCAAUGAACUGGCCAAAGCGAGGGGCCGGAGUAGCGCCGCAACCGCGUCGGUGCGGAGCUAUCGAUCGGAUCUCGGCGCAUGUGUAGCGGACCUUAGGGGUCAUGGGGUGGGGGUUCAUCCAACGCCAGGGGAGGUUGUGACGCGAUCGCACGGCGUCAUUCCGCGUCGGGGCGCGUCCGCGAGUAGUUUCCGCGCGUUUCUCCUCGUCUACCCGACCGGGGUUGCCAACCGCUGGUCGAUGCCAGCGGUUGGCAAUCCCGGUGUUUGCGCGGAUCGCGACUGGCAAGCGGCGAGGGAGAUCACGGCAACGUCCAACACGCCG